AUGCCAUUACCUGAUCCUAUAUGGGAAUAUUUUAACAAGUUGGGACAUGUGGUUGGUAACUUUGAUAGAAAAAAAAAUUAUUUUGGAAGUUUAUAUAAAGAAAGUGACAAUGAAACGUCUAUAAGUACAACUACUUCAACGUCAUCAGCUGUUAAUUGUAUUUCAAAAAGAGAACAAGAUUCUCUUGAAUUGGUAUUUGCAAAAUCUGUAUUUUGCUGUGGUCUUUUUUUGUCACUAUCUGAAAUAAAACCUAUUAAAGAUUUGUGGCAACAAGCAAAACCAACUUUUAGACUUCCUAGCCGAAAAAAAUUUUUACAAAGUUAUUAG